AUGAUUUUUUCGUCGUCGUCUCCACACGCCUUGUCGGCCCAGAAAGACUCAUCCUCUGCUUCUUCAUCAUCACUACUCGCAAAAUCCAUUCAAGAAACAGCAUUUAAUGAAUUACAUCAUCAAAAUUUACCCGAUAAUGCUAGUGAGACUCUACCAUACGCUGAUGAAGAUAUCAACAGCUUGACUUCAACAACAGAAAAUAAUAAUAUCAGCAAUUCUAAUCAAUCUAGUAAUGGUGGUAAUAGCCUUUUAAAAGCAGAUUGUAACAAUAAUGACCAUUCUUCAUCGGAAUCGCAUUCUGGAGAGAAUAAUCAACAACUUCGUAGCUAUGUUUCCACUCCGGUAGAUGUUGAUGAAACAUCCGAAAACUUUCGGCGGUGCAAUUCUCUUAUCUAUCAAUUGUUGUACAGAAUUCAGCCAUCCAUAGAGUCCGAAAACCAUAGAAAGGAAGUUUUUGAUAUAAUAUCAGCAGUUCUUGAUUUGGCAAAUUUAAAAACAUAUUUAUAUGGGUCUGUUGCAUUUAAAACAUACUUGCCUGAUGGUGACAUUGAUUUGAGCGUAUUUGCAAAUAACGAAACAGAAAAUGGUGAACUUUUAAACACAAUCAUUUCUCCUCUUAUAUCUGUUGCUUCAAACGAAAUACCUAAUCAUGCAACCUCGUAUAUACAUGAUAUUUUACUGAAACACAUGCACAUUGGGUUGAAACAACAAUUAGCAGAUGCUUCGGUACCAUGGUACAAUAAGGUUAGAAGCUUAUUUCAAGAAAUCCAAAGAAAUAGUUUAGCGGUCGUAGAAGACUUGACUUUUAUUAAUGCUGAGGUUAAAUUAAUCAAAUGUACUGUGAAUAAUAUACCAAUAGACAUGUCUUCGGGACAAGUUGGAGGUUUAUCCACAUUGUGCUUUUUGCAUGAAGUUGAUGACAAAAUUGGAGAUAAUCAUUUAUUCAAGAGAAGCAUAAUUUUGAUGAAAUCAUGGUCUUAUUAUGAAAGUAGGAUUCUGGGGUCUCACCAUGGAUUAGUUUCUACGUACGGUCUAACUGUGUUGUUAAUGUAUAUGUUUCGGUUGUACAAAAUUGAGACACCAUUGCAGGCUCUCUAUAGGUUUUUAAAUUAUUACAGCACACUUGACUGGACGAAUUUUGGAAUAAGUGUCUAUGGUCCUAUUCCUCUAUCUAUAAUACAGAGUUGUAAGAAUCAAGAAGAUUUCCAACACGAGCAUUUAUCUACUGAUCGACAUGAUGUACUUACGAGCGAAUUUUUGAAAAAAUGUAAAAAGAGCUAUGGUGAUCCAGACACAUCCAAAAUAUUAACAGUUAAAAAUUUAAAUAUUGUUGACCCAUUGAGGGAUUUCAAUAAUUUGGGUAGAAGUGUCAACUACAACAACUUUUUACGAAUUCGAAGAGCAUUCAAGAAAGGAGCUAAAAUGCUGACCGAUAUUUUGAACUCGACUGAUAUUAAGGACUCUGAAAAAAUUCUGAACUUGUUCUUUAAAAACGUCACGGUUAAAUAUGUCGGGGAUGGCAAUAUUUUAAUUGAUCAUGUCAUGAACGAGGAGAGAUAUCAAGUUGGAACCAACAAACAAACAAGUGCCUCAGGGAGUGUGUUCGAUUCAAAAUUAGAGGACUGUGUGACUUGCCUAGAGACGGCACACAGUCUCUUGGGAACAAGCUCACCUUCAGUCUCUUUAUAUUCACAAGACGCUUCAACCAACACCUCAUCUCCCUUUCCUGUUCCCAAAACUCCUCCAAGAAGAAGUAGCUCUGUGAGCAACUUUAUAGCAUCUCCUCUUUCUCCUUUAAAUAGCUAUGCCGUUUAUACCAGAAAUUUAACUCUCAUGAAUGCAGGGAAUAAUAUGAAUGGUGCUACAGUAACACGCAAAAUGGUACGUUGGGAAUGGCUCAUUCGAUUCCAAUCGUAUCUUCAGAAAAUUCCAUACCCUCCAACCCUACUACGCCAACAAAACAAACUAAACACCAAAGUCGAAAAACCCCAAAGAAAAGCCCUGUUUCCCUGCAAGCAAGUUCUGAGCCUACAGAAAAGAAAACAACUCCAAAACGUCGCCACAAGUUCAAAACUGCAUACUCACCAAAUGUAUCAGAAAUUGGCGUGCAUAAAUGAAACAAGCCUUAAUCGUACCUGA